CACACGUAGGGCAGACUGGAGGAGUGAGGGGAGCUUCUCGUACGGCAACUACAGAGACUUUAACACCCAGUUCAGACAAAGCCAAUGUGUGUCUCACUUUUGUGUGGACGAGGACGAACGUUAAUUUUAGAGUAACGUGAAACAGUGAAACGCUGAGGAUGCUGAAUUCUGCUUCUAAGCGUCGGUCUGCAGCUGCAGCUUCCCUGCAGGAAGGAAGAGACAGCAAGAAGAUCCGUGUUUACGACCGCCGCUUGGAAACGGAGGCGAAAACCUCCAAGCUGUUGGAAACAGCUGGUUUGGACUUUAAUGACUUUCUUAAAGCUCUGCACAAGGACUUUGGAAUCCAUUCAAAUGAAACAUUUGUGGUGGCAACCACUGACCGAAUUGUCCUGGAUUUUGACAGAUUUAAGGAACUCCGGGAUGACACAACCCUUUACUUGUUGCAACACGAGCACCAGGUUCUGCCAGCUGCAACGGAGGAAAAGAUAUCGUUUAUGCCUCAUUAUGAUACAUUAAUCAAGAGUGGCACUUACGAGUACUAUGCUAGUGAGAACAAGGAAUCAUUAGCGUAUCCACUUGCUGAGCUCAUUGAUAACGCUCUGUCAGCCACAGCUAAAAACGCAGGAACAAGGAUAAUAGAGAUAAGGAUGCUGUUUGAUGAAAGUCUUGGGAAGCCUGCAGUCAUUGUCCUAGAUAAUGGGUGCGGGAUGACUACCAAGCAGCUCAAUAAGUGGGCAGUUUACAGACACUCCAAAUUUACAAAAGAAAAGAGCACAUUUGCAAGAAAAGAAGAAGAUUAUGUCCGUCCUGAUCCUGUUCCUCGAAGUCUCAAUAGUGAUAUAUCAUACUUUGGAGUUGGAGGAAAACAGGCUGUUUUCCACUUUGGAAAUGUAGUCAGAAUGAUAAGCAAACCAGUGGGAUUACCAGAUGUUCAUGAGUUGGUUCUAUCAGAAGAAGAUUUUGAAAAAAAGGAAAAGAACAAAGAAGAUAUUUACAGCACCACCAUCCUAAACAGGAAGCCUGGCGACUGUUCGCAUGUGAGUGAAGAUGAGCGUUUCCUUCGUACCAUCAUCGAAGAGGAACCUGGGAAGGAAAGCUUCACAGCCGUGGUCAUUACAGGACUCAAGCAAAACCAUGUCUCCUUCCUGAAAGAUGAAUUUGUUGUGUGGACCAGACAGCUAGCGCACAUAUAUCACUAUUACAUUCAUGGAGUCAAUGGAAAUGACAUGAGACAAGGCUCUAAAAAGACAGACCAUCAAUCUAAGAUUGACAUUCAGAUCACUUUGCGGGAGAAGCUUCCCAAAUGUCCCCGUGUUUUGAAUCUGAGGGAAAUUUACGAUGACAAGCAGACUUUGUACAUUAACUCUGCUGCAGACACCUUUGAAUUCAAGGCAUCCACAGCACCGGACGGCGGCACAGUGGAGGGAGUGCUGCGAUAUCAUCCGUUCCUCUAUGACAGGGAGACUUACCCUAAAGAUCCAGAUACUAUAAAGGAUUCUCUUGACGCUGACGAUUUUGAAAACGAACCUGGGCUCGUAAAUCAGGAAGAAAGGAGGAUCUUUGAGUGUUAUUGGAAUGGACGGCUCAUACCUGGCACCAAAGUGACUGAGUUUGAUUGGUGUUCUUGUAAAGGAGCUAAAGGAGGAGAUAUACCCCCGGAGUGUUACAGUCGGUUUUCAGGGGUGCUUUUCACUGAUGACAACUUCCAGGUCACCACAAACAAGAUGACCUUCAUGGACCUUGAACUGAAGCUGAAGAGCAAGGACACUAUCUUCACACUGGGUCUUAAUGGACAGAAAUUGUCUAAAAGAGGCAACAUUCAGAAGGAGUUCGUGCAGUGGCUUCAUAACUGUCAUCAAAAGUUUGACAAGCAAAUCAAGUUUGUGGGCUUCAAGGGGAUUACAACACGGACAGAUGUGGCUAAAAAGAAACUGCAGCAUCCGUGGGCAACCUUCUCCUCCAUCGAGUGGGACGGCAGAACGUACAGGACGGGCCAACUUGUGAAGACUCAGAAAACAAAUCCCAUUCUGUAUGGUAAAGUGGUUCGGUUUUUGCUGUAUGGAAAUUAUGAUGGAGACGUCUAUGCCACAGGAGGACAGGUUGAAGUGUCUCGAGAGCCCAGAGCACUUUAUGACAUGAACAAGAUCAUACCCAUAUCAAGGAUCGACAAGACAGCCACUGACGAAGCCAUCAAGAAAAAUAUCGACAGUGACUCUAACAAGCUGCCAGAUAUGCUGAAAUUGGACUGGCCUGUAGGUAACCCCUGGCCACAGAAUGCUGUUUGUCCUGUUGGGACUCCUUUAGGGCCACUCAAAAUUGAGAUCCUGAACAAAAAGGGAGAGGCCGUAUCUCGGAUGGCGCCGAUGGGCCAGGGCUCAGGGACAAAACUGUGUGUUAAGCUCACGUUAGUCCACCAUGGUCCAAAAUCAGACAAAGAGGUUGCAGCUUAUGUUGCCCCUCAUUUAUCAGGAACAGGUUUCUGGUUCAAAAAAAUUGAGACUCUGACUGAUCUGGGGAAAUACACAUUGAAUUUGAACACAGUGGUCCAUGAAACAAAUGCUAUGACCUUUGGUGGUAGACCACUUCCAAGGUUCACGUUCAAGUUCACCCUCAAAGAGGGUGAUGCGGUGAAGUUCGUUAUCGGUGCAGUGAGCCCCACACUUCGCGUGGGCGUGCCAUUUGACAUUCCUCUGCAGAUAAAAGAUGGUUAUGACAACUUAACGACCCUCCCUCCCAAACUCCGGCCUGAGCUCAAAUGCCGUGGCCUGAAUCUGACUUAUGAGACAGUUUACAGCAGUGGAACCACAUUCACCAUCAAAAGUGUCAAAGCAAGAGGAAAAGUCCUGAAUUACCAGCAAUCCAAGAGCUAUGAGCUGGAAGUGACCGUGCCUGGCCUGAAAGAGGACACACAAUCCAUCAAGAUCAGUCUUCUUCCUGGCGUUCCAGAUUCCCUCCACGUGACACCAGAGGAAACCUCAAUCUUGGUAGAGAACGGAAACCCAGUCACGUUUAAUGUUGAAAUUCACGACGAGGCUGGAAACAUCACCGCUAACCCCAAGCAGAUCAUUCGCUGCGAGGUUAAGGGGUUUCCCCCGGUGGUGAGUGACUGCAGCAGCACAGGUGCUGGCCAGCUUGUGACGAAGCCUAUUAACCUGACAAUAAUCAACGGAGAGCAACAAGAGCUCAAAGCUCAAUUUGUGAUGCCUAAUCACAAAAAUGUAGCGCUGGUCAUGAAGGAGCUGAAGGUGCUGCCCAGCACGCGGGCGUCUGUGAUGGAGCUGUACAGUCAGGAUGACGAGAAUCUAGUCCUGAGGAACAGUGAAAAGAUCGAAUGGAUCGCCGGAGGACUGCUGGAGAACCUGUUCUACAGGCUGUAUGAUGAGGCUGGCAGGGAGGUACCGCUCACUGCUGAAAUAGCCUCCAUGAUCAAGGUUAACUGGACAGGAGAGGUCUUUCUAGAAGAUUUAAUCCAGGGGAAGCUGCCUGAUGUACAGGUACCUAAACAGGUCAAAGAGGAGCGCUUCUACCAGGUCUCCUAUCAAGACCAGAGUGUGUCUGUCUCCUUUACUAUUGUACCUCGUCCAGAUGAACCAGCUCGUCUAAAAGUAACUUUACCCCAAGUCACAGUGAAGCUUGGUGAGAUCCUCUCUGGAAACAUCAGCUUGGAGCUCGUGGACCAGUUUGACAAUUUAACCAAGCUGCUUACCCCCGCGUCUGUGAACCACACCACGGUGGAAGCUGAGGGUCUGGACAAAUCGGCCAUCGCCUUCAUAUGGCAGGAGAGCAGCUGUUCUGUCCUGGUGACAGGAGUUCGCUUACAGUCAGGACCUCUCGGCCCCAGAGACAUGUGCUUCAGCUGCUCUGACUUUGUGGAGCAUGUCAGUGUUAAAGUGACUGCUGGACUCCCUGCACAGCUUAAACUCCUCAGUGGACCAGAGCAGCCUUUGCAGGUGCUGAAUGGCCACGGCAUCGCCAAACCAUUUAUCGUCCAGUUGUGUGAUGAGUGGGGAAACCCUUCUCCAGACCAGAGGGUUGUGGUAGACUUAAGGACUUCACCUCCCGGGCUGAAGGUGAUGACAAAGGUUAUUUCACAACCAGUGAAUGCAGAAGGGAAAGCCUCAUUCUUUGUUAAUGGUUUGAGCGGCCCAAAGGGGUACUAUCAACUGCUUUUCAAAGGCUCCUUCAACAAAAAACCCAUCCCUGGUCCUUCAUUGAACCUCACUGUCCUCCCUGAUCCCAACAAACCAGUCAGCCUGUCAGUGAAGUACAACACAAGUGCCAAGUUUCUUGCUGGAGGCACCUUCCCAGUUUUUGCAGUGACUGUGGUGUCUGAUGAGGGAAGUCCAAUUACUACUUUUAAUCCAGCUGCUGCCUCCAUGUUUGUUUGGAAUGGGGCAUCAUUGACAAAAACCCCUCCAGAAACAGCCAUUGAGCUGAAGUGUAGCAGACCCAUGGAAAAUGAAAAGAAUGACUGUUUUCACUUCAGAGACAAAGAAAUCCCGGAGGAAGUUGGAAAGUACACCAUACAGUUUUCUCUUCGUGUUAACAAAACUGACGUUUUGUACAGUAAUCAGAUUCAUAUAGCUGUGCUGGCCAACCAGCCUGCCAAACUGGGACCUGACUCUCAGCCUCCCACCCCAGUCGUUUCCUACAGUGAGGACAUUGCCAGCCGAACCUUGGUUGAGAAUCUGACCCUGAGGAUAAUGGAUUUGUAUGGCAACCCAGCGGGACAGGACAUGGAAGGGAAGGUGAUCAUCACUAUAAAGUCCUCUAAUGGAGAGAGAAACGAAAGCUUCCCUCUGCUUGAAAGAGGAACCAGCAGAGUUCAGAUUAACUUGGUGGAGGGGAAGGCCCACAUCACUAGGCUGACUAUCAGAGAGAACAGCCCAGGUGACAAUGGCAGCACCUACAUCCUCCUCUUCAAACCUGAAGUGUCCGCACUUCCCACACCUCUGGCUGCUUUUGAGCUCCCCUUCCAUUUUUACAAUGAUGCACAGAACCAACAAAGAAUGUCUGAACUGACCAGGAAAAAAGAUGAGCUCAGCAGUGCUAUUGAGAGAUAUGAAGAAACAUUUGGUACAUACAAGCAGCUCCUUGAGUUGCUGACAUCUUCUUGCCUGCGUGCCAGUGAAAAAGAGGCUGAUCUUAGAAAUGAGCUGGCCCGAAGGAAAAUCCCACACCCUGUGUCUACACAACAUAUUGAUAGACUAAUGAAAAAGAAGAAAGCUGAAGCUGAAGCAAUUCAGAAAAUGCCACGAAGAGUGUACUCCAUCAGCGACAACUUCAGGGGGCAGGCAGAUGUUUUGGGAAUGGUUGGCCACCUGGCCCUUGUGCAGGAUGAUGCUGCUGCGUGGGUCAUCUCCUGGCACAUCAGGGGUGACAUGGACUGUGUCAUCACCAGAACAACGGAAGCAGCGCGGCGGAUCUUUGAUGACACACAGGGCAGGCAGCAGGUCAUGGCCCUCGACAGCGUGUUCGUGCCACAAGGAAACAGACCGCUGCCGCACAUAAGAAAUGGCUACCCACUCUUUGAUCCCCCCGGGAACCCGGUCUACGCCAGAGAGCUGCUGAUUUACCGUUAUGAUCAGGAGAGCUGUGACAUCGUGUUUAAAAACAUCCUCGGAGAUACUAUUCUGAUUGAUGACUUGGACUCUGCAAAUAACUACAGAAGGGCGGUGGUGCAGAACAGGAUGCAAUGCCCCACCAUACUGACCAGGAAAGGGGAAAGGGUCAGUGGCAGGGGAAAGUUUGGAGGUGCGCAGAACACAGCCCCACCGAUGAGCACGUUAAAAAUGUUUGGAGCCCCUCUCCCACAGCAGUACCACAGUCUACUGGAACAAAUAGAGCUGCUCCAGCAGUACUUGUCAGCUUUGUUGAAGAAGGAGGAAAUGGAAAGGGCGCGAAAUGAUCACAUAAACAAAAUGAAGUCUUUGGAUGUGCAACAAAAGCAGCAAGAAUGGGAUGAGAAAAGGAAGCAGCUAAGAGAGAUUGAAAUCCAACUCGCAUCAGCAUCAAUGAGACCAGUGAAACGAGGCCCUGUGGAUGGUGGUCAGCCGUCAAAUGUCAGUGCAAAACGAGCAAGGCAGAAUUCCACAUAAGAGGCUGAUUCUGAUUGGUACAACCUGAUUGUUUAACUAUAAGGCAGUUUUUUUGUAAUUUUAUUUCUUUGUUAACUUUGAGUUGAUGUAAUGUAUUUUAUUUUAUAGAUGCUUUUUGUACAUUUUAACACUUUUGUAAAAGUAAAAAUAAGCAGCAAAAACUGCUUACGACCCUUCAUUGCAGCGCAUGCUAAGUCUGCAGAAUGUAUGCAUUAAAAAUAUUUCCUGAGA